AUGCCGAGAACUCAACAUCCUCUUAGGUUACCAUCUGAUGAGGUAAAAGAAGAAGAUACAAAGACAGAGUUGGUCGUCAUGCCGAGUCUCCCAGAAGAUAUCAUUGUCGAUAUCCUUUGUUUGUUACCGGUGAAAUCAAUCUUAAGAUUCAGGUGCGUAUCCAAACACUGGUGCAAUAACUUAUUGAAAGACUCUAGUUUUGCUAAAACUCAUCUUGAUGAGCCUGUUGUCGAGAUUGACUCGCCAUUAACACUAUUAUCUGGAUUUUCCAAAAUCCCGGAGAAUGAAUGUGAUCUGAUUUAUGGUUCUUUAAAUGGUUUAAUCCUCCCGCGUAAUCCAUGGGAAAGUAACGCUCUUAUUCUUUGGAACCCAUCUACAAAAGAAAUUAAGGAAAUACCAGGAUCUGUAAAUGUUGGAUCUGAUAGUUUUCGACAUUACUAUUCAGUCUAUUCUGGUUCUGACAGUGACUUUGGUUAUGAUUCUGAGGGUUAUUACAAUUAUGAUUGGCAUCAUGCAAUGUAUACUGCGUGCGGAUUCGGUUAUAGUCACAUUAUUGAUGAUUACAUAAUUGUAGUAACUAAUACGACAUAUAGUUGUUCCAAUCGGAUUUGCUGUGGUUGUGAACGUGGUGAAGUUAAGGUAUAUUCAUUUAGAUCAAAUUCGUGGAUAACUAUACCAGAUACCAUUCCGUAUGAUCUUCAUUUGGGUGGUAAGAUUGUUAAGCCUGUGGUUUUAAAUGGAGAUCCGCAUUGGUUAGGAACUUCACUCACCAAAGGACACGAAUCGUCGAAAGCCAACUGCAUAGUGAUAGUGUCUUUUGAUGUCAAACACAAUAUUUUCAAAGAAGUUCCAGUCAUUCAAGAACUACAAGAAUCACUUUUUGACCAUGUGAAAUUCUCAUUUAAAGAUGAACAUGCAUAUUUAUCCAGGGAUAUUUUGUUGGGCAAUUUUAAUGGGUGCCUUUCUAUAGUACAAGGUGGUGAACUUGAUAUGUCAAAGAAUAACGACGACGAAAUUUCCAUAUGGGUAAUGCUAGAAUAUGGACUGAGAGAAUCUUGGACUAAGAUGUUCUGCAUUCCCAAACAAUUGAUUGAAAGAUCUAUUAACUAUUCUAAAAUGACAGUGAAGGAUAUCAGGAAUGGAAUGAUUAUGUUUGGCAAAGAUAAUAGCUCGCUGGUUAUAUAUGACCUAAAACAUGAAAUAGCUAGAGUUGUGAACAAUCUCUCGGAAGAUUGGUUAUACGUAUAUAUGUAUGUGGAGAGCCUGGUGUCGCUUAAUUCAGGUGUCUAUUUGGGUCAAAGGGAGUUGAUAGAUAGACCAGUAUUUUCUGGAGGCGUCUGGGUCGAUUUAGGUCAAAGGGAGUUAAUAGAAGGACUAACAUCUUCUGACGAAGAUUUGCCGUUCUCACUGUUGUAA